UUAAAUACUUUUUGCAAGACCUGCUUCAAAGUCAGUAUCGUAUGGGCGCUCAGUUCAACAACAACAAGUCAUGAAUUGGUUAUUUUUGUCACAAAUUGCAUUGCUUUGCACGAGUCUAUCGAUGGCAGCAGUAGCUCGGGGGUUUUACAAAGAUCCAGCACAUCCCAAUAAAUGUGUCAUUAAAGAAAUGAAUUUAAUUCUAUCACCUGGAGAUUUGGUACCACAUCCCACACCGGGUAUAUGCGUACGUGUGGAAUGCCUCAAGGAUAGUUUGGCAGUAUUCUAUAGUUGUGGUGUCAUUGGUGCUCCAGAUGGCUGUAUUGUUGGGCCUCCCCUAAAUGCUACGGCGCCAUAUCCCUUGUGUUGUAGCAAGCCAAUUAUUUGUAAUACCAUUGACGUAGAUAAGAACUGAAAAGAAAUAUAAAAAGUUAAUUUAGUUAUUUAAAUUUUAA